UUUCUCUCAUCUAAUUCCCACUGCAUAUCAACUCGUACAAUUUUGGAUGCUGUUACAUACUGUAAACUGAAUGUAGCCUAUUUGUUUGAUAUAAUCUUUAAAUUCUAAGAUGAAUACACAUUUUUCAAAACAAUUUUCACCCAGACAGUGAUUUCAAAAUGAAUUUACAUCACUUACAUUACACACACUUAUACACAUGUAUACACACACACACACACACAGGCACCAAUGGUUCUUUGUUUUUAUUAUGGUACUGCACAUGCACACAUUUGUAAGAACAUUGAAGUGAUACUGAAUUAAAAAAAAUCACAAGCAGGAAUACAUUUUUAAAUAAAAUAAAGUACAAUUUGUACAUUGAUUUCUUGAUAGAUUUAAGUAUUAUAAAAUAAUAUACAGAUAAGAUUAGACUGAAACUUCUUUAGUUUUGUUAAGAUGCAUUUCUACAGCUUUAUUUCCAACCACCAGAGGGGGGAAGAGCGUCAAGAUUUAUAGGAUAUCGCCCAGUAAUGUUGCAAUGGUGAGAGAAAGUAUUGUAUUUUUAACCACUAAGUUAAAAAUGUACACAGUGUAACCAUUUCAAGUGUGAUAUAUUAUAAUAAUAAGAUUAGCCGAUAGCCUAUAUUUUGUGCUAAUGUGAAACAGUAAGUAAAAUAAUGGAUGGAUGAAUGACAGAAUUUGGUUAUAUUGAUAAUCACAAAAAUUAAACUCACCUUUAAUGUCAUGUUUUGGCAGUUUUGUGUGUGCAUAUAGUGGGAAAUAUUACUUCUGACACUUUCAUCUCAAUGAGUACAUGCAGAUGGACAUAUUUCAAGCUAUUGUGUGACUCCGUGUAAAUCCAUAUAUAUGUUCAGCUCUUCUUUAAAACACAAAUAACUAGUCAGCUGGUCAAAAAAACAUUCUAGUGCCUUAAAGCAGUUCUGUUCAACUUGUUUGAAUUCUCUGACACUAAAUGUCACAUGUACAGAGCUACUGCAAAGUAGGACACCACAACACACACACACGCACAGACUUACACCUACACACAUGAACACGCAUUCCCUAGAGUCUGCCUGCCAAAGAGCUCUCCCUCAAGACUUGAGUAUUUCAUUAGUGAGAUAAAACAGGGCUGAGUCCACCGAGGUUGCCAGUUUCACUGAUGAGGAAAAGAGAAGCAAGGGAAUCAGUAAGAGAGAGAGAGAGAGCGAGAGACAGAGAGGGGGCUGUGAUAAACUCUGCUGCGAGCCCUCUUGUAAGCAGAGUGAGAGAGUGCAGGAGCAACAGCAUAAGAUCUGGAGAGGGUGAAAAUACAACUGUGAGCAAGACCUACCACAAAGUCCACGCAGAUCUAAGCACUGUAAGGUGAGCGCGCAUGUGUGUUUUUUUUUUUUUUUUAUCACUCUGCAGAACUGGGCUGAUACAUUUGGGUGUGAUUGUCCCAUCAAGUGCUUCACUUCUUUGAAGUUCCUCAGAGGGGGACAGAUUUUUCACUGCAAGAAAAAAAGGCAAUAGAAGGCCAAAGGCUACGAAAACUGGAGCAUUUCCAACUUCCAAUUCCCUCAGGACCUUUUUUUCCCACCUAGGCUUCAAGAAGAAACCACAUGUGAAGACUGAUGGGGCAAGAGCUCAGCACUGCUUACCAGAGAAUCGGCUCCGCUGCAUCACCGCAGAGACUCCACAUCCCAGUAGGAGUGAGACGGAGGUAAAGAACCAAAGAGAAAGUGAGAGGGAAUCUGAGUAAUCUCCAUCCACUCCCCCCCUCCCUACCUUGGGACCUUCUUCAGUUGGCCUCUGGUACCCCCCACGGGGCAGGAAGCGUGAAAAAUCUCACUAAUGGGUUUAUUUGCUGUCAGCUCAGCGACGACCUGUCAUUUCCCAGGACUACUCCACACUUGACACAUUUCAUAGUCGAGUAAGCUUCGCUUUGUUUUUGCCAAAGGAGCUUGAGCCCCUGUCUCAUACGGCUGGCUGUUGAUGAGAAGAUCAAGACCAGGCUGAGGUAUCAGGUGGAGUGGACAAGUCCCUUAAUCGCUUUGCCUGCCUAUUACAGUAUUUUUCUUCCAGUGAGGUCAAGCGUGUGGGACGUCUUGCUGUUUUUUCUCAAAGUUGAGAAUUUCCCGCAAAGAGAGAGAGACUUUGAGAGAGUCUGCUUUCUGACCCAACCACGGUCUCCUGGCUGGUGUUCUGAAGAUGCGUUGCUGGGUGCUAGCUGUGGUGACGGCAGUGCUCUGGAGCCAGUGCAUCCUUCUAGGGUGGGCCGAGGCCAGGAAGGUGCGUAAGAAGCCGAAGGAGCUCGCUCCGCAGCACACCGAAGCAUUCAACACCACUCUUUCCAACAGCGAGGAGCUGGAUGGCAGCUCAAAGGUCAGUGAGAACCAGAGAGUGGACCCUCUUGGAUCAUGGAUGGAUUUUGUGAAGAGGCCUGUGGGCAAUUUUCCCGGAAAAUGUCGAAAACGAAAACGGCCACUGCCUGGUCCCCCGGGCCCUCCUGGUCCUCCGGGGCCUCAGGGACCCCCAGGAUCCCCUGGGGCCGAGGUCACUCAAGAAGUCUUGCUGCAAGAGUUCAAAGAACUGAUCAGAGAGGCCACAGAGCGGCGAGCUGCAGUGGAUAGGCCCAAUGAACCCAGUCAGCUGCCCACGGCUCUGAUUACUCUUGAGGGAAUGACCUCCUACAGGAGAAUUGAGGAAGCCUUUCACUGCAAACUCAAAGGCCCUGUCAUUGUGGACAAAAAGACUCUGGCAGAGUUACAGAACUUUCAGACACCUCCUGCCAAAGGUGCCUUCCUCAGAGGGACGGGGAUGGAUCAGUCCACUGGCCGAUUUACAGCUCCUGUAACUGGAAUUUAUCAGUUUUCUGCCAAUGUUCAUAUUGACCACACUGAGGUGAAGAGAAGUAAGAACCAGCUGAGAGCCAGAGACAAUGUCCGAGUUUUGAUCUGCAUUGAAUCCCUCUGCCAUAGAUAUACAUCCUUGGAAAUGAUUGUUGGCCUUGAGAGUAACAGCAAGAUCUUUACAGUAUCUGUCCAUGGACUGCUGGAACUUCAGGCCGGGCAGUACACCUCCAUAUUUGUGGACAAUGCAGCUGGAGCAUCGAUCACAAUACAGAACGGCUCAGAUUUCAUGGGCAUGUUGUUGGGGGUAUAGCCUUGUUUUACAGCCAGACUAUAUCUGGCAGGCCACAAAAGACUGCAUUGCUUCUCUUCGGACUAUCUCCCAGCACCAUAUAUCCUCAUGAGACAAUAUUUGACUGCCACAAAGCUCUUGAUUUGUUCAUGGAAGAGACAUGGACAUAUUAAUACCCACAAAGCAGAGACAGUUGGAUGCAAAACUGAAAGACUUUACAGAGGAUUCACAGUGAGGUUUUUACCUCUUCAGAAAGAUAAUUUCUCACUGUUUUUACUCUCUUAUUUUGUGAUAUAUAGAUGUAUACAAAGAGAUUUUUGUACUUUGACAUUGUGUUAUGCCCUUCUUAACAAAUAGUGUUUAUAUACAGAGUGUUUAUUUACACGACUUGUUUUCUACGAUGAGAGGUUUCCUACAAUACAAGAGCUAAUUUGGAUUUAUCUUAAGGAAUUUAUGAUCUUUUGGAGUUGUUACCCAAAAUACACACAUACGUUUAUACAUUCAUGCCUGUAUUUUUUAAUAUAUAUAACAAGCCUGACAGUUUUUAUUUACUAUGCAGCUCCAAAAAGUAUGUUGUAGUGACUUGAUUAUUGAUAAAAGAACAGAUUUUCCAUUAUACUCGGCCAAAAGAAGGAAACAGCCAAAUAUGAGAAAAGAAACAAGAUGGAUGACUCAGUCUAUUUUUACGUUCAAUCGCUAACAGUCCCAAACAAUAGCGUUUAUCCGAGCGUGUGUGUUUGUGAGUGUGUGUUUGGAAAGCUGCUGCCAUGAUCGAUUAGACAUGUUAAGAGUCCUGCUGAGUUUUCGUUUUGUUUACCGCAAUGCCAAAUACGUCAUCCGAAUGCUCUGUUUUUCACGUUGCCAUGGAAGUUUAUUCUUUGAGAUGUGUUGCUCUUCUACCUUUUUUCCAAAUGUCUUCUAUUUUAUUCACUUCAGUAAAUCCAGAAAUUAAGAUGCACAUAUACUGUACGUAUAUUAGCAUAUUUGCCAUACAAAUUAUUUAUGUUUAAAUGUAUCUGCCAAUUAAAAUAGAUUUAUUUUUUUAAUUGGCGUCCAGCCUUCCAGUAGAUCUCAAUACAAGUGAAAAUAAUGUAGCUAAGCAGACCUGUUUAAACAUACAGUAUUUGCUUGUAUUGUGGUGUAAUGGAAAUGAAAGUAUAUUCAAUAAAUGUAAAAUAUAUCUAUUCA